AUGAGAUGAUGACAAGAAAAAAGUAGACGACAACAUCAUCAUCAGUAAACGAUUUCCGUCCGAAUGGAUUUUAAGAAAACAAGAAAACCAAGCUGAAUGAUGUGCAAUGUCUAACAGCAGCCACAGCUCAGAUUCACAGCGGUCGGGGGUUGCGACCACCCAUGUUAGCUUUGUAUGUCAACGUUGUUGCCAGCCGCUGAAGUUAGAUCCAUCCUUUAGUUCGCUGGACAGCCAAACAUACAUUGACCUCACAGCCCCGUUGCUGACGGUUAGUUCAUCAGGCAAGGCAACCCCGCUGCUACAGAGCACUGACAGCGCAGAGCCGUUUGAUCUUGACAGGAAUGAUGGCGUGUCCAGGAAACAAAUCCAACCCGUCAGCAGGUAUCCGUCUCAAGACAGUGGGCAGGAGUUCACUUUACUGGGAGAAGCGGCGAGUAGUCGAAUGGAAAAUAUCAGCCAUCGAAUCAAGGUUGCCAGUCAGCUGUUUGACAUCAUGUCUGGCCACUCUGAUAUUGACCAUCCAUUGUGUGAGGAAUGCACCGAUUCUUUGUUAGACCAACUGGAUCAGCAGCUGAAGAUAACAGAGGAUGAGUGUAAACAUUACCGUGAGUCUCUGGAGAAACUCGACGACGGUGAAGAUGAAGAAGAUGAGGCGGCACUGGAAGCCCAGAUAGAAAUGUUGAAGGCUGACGAAACUGAACUGAUGAAACAACUCGAUGAGACAGACUCCGAGCGACAGAAGAUCACAGAGGAGACAAAACAACAGAAGAAAGAGGUCGAACAACUGGAGGCAGAGGAAGAAAGAUAUUGGAAGGAGUAUAAUCGGUACAAGUCUCGUUUACUGCUGUUGAAAGAUGAACAGAGGAGUGUUGACAAUCAACUGAGGUAUACACAAACUCAACUGGAUCAGCUCAGCAAGACUAAUGUCUUCAACGCUACCUUCCAUAUAUGGCACAAUGGUCACUUUGGGACCAUCAAUAACUUCCGAUUGGGACGUCUACCGAGUGUUCCUGUUGACUGGAGUGAAAUUAAUGCUGCCUGGGGUCAGACAGUUCUCUUGCUUCACUCUCUAGCACAGAAAAUGAACUUCAAAUUUAAAAGGUAUCGACUGGUUCCCUGUGGUAACCAUUCCUACUUGGAGUCUCUUCAAGACAAGUCGAAGCAGCUCCCACUCCAUGGAUCAGGGGGCUUCCGAUUCUUCUGGGAUACAAAGUUUGAUCAGGCCAUGGUGGCCUUCUUGGAUUGCUUACAGCAAUUGGAGGAGGAAGUCGAGCGAGGCGAUACAAGCUUCUGCCUCCCUUAUAAAAUGUCUGGAGGAAAGAUUGAAGAUAAGAGCAAUGGAGCUACCUACUCAGUCAAAAUCCAGUUUAACUCUGAAGAGCAGUGGACGAAGGCACUGAAAUUCAUGUUGACAAAUUUGAAAUGGGCCCUCGCUUGGGUCUCCUCUCAGUUCACCAAGUGAUUCUUGAAGACGUAAACAAGCCAGCAUUGAUCAUUCUCCAAAAGGACAAGCCUGUAUAACCAAAGUGGCACGCACUACGAGCACGGACCAACUGGACCAUUGCAGUGGGGGACAACUUUAUAUGGACACCAAGGCAAACCCAGGGGAAAGGGUUGAUUAGUAACUGGUGUGAUUUUACUAUCAGCUCAAUAUGUGUCUAAAAUGUGGUAGACUCAAGAUACACUAGUAAAAAAAAUAAUAAAGCAUGAAGUAAACUAUUUGUUGCAAUCUGAAAGCUAUGGAUUAUGUUCUUACUGUACUUUUUUGAUAUCCGUUUAACAGUGGAAGACGCUAUUGCCUGUUUCAAUUGCUGCAAUUGCUGUAAUUGAAAUAAGCACAUGUAUACGCAACUAAUGACUAGUGUCCUGCUUAUAUUGGAUGGUGUGAGAAUUGUACACAGAGCAAACUAUGUACUGUAUAUCAAUAUUUACUACCUUAUGAUAACUGAACAAAAAACAAAACAAAUUUUGUUUAUACGGGAGGACAUUAAAUAGAAGGUUAAAAUCAUUCUUAAAUUUAAUGGCAAUAGAAAUCUUUGGUUAGAGCCUACAGCAGCAAUCGACAGUAUGAAGCAUUUUGAAAAACAUUUCACUUUGAAGUACCGGUAGUGUGUAAAAAGGUAAUUGUUUUUAUGCCCUAAUGGCGAUAUCUCAAAAAACGCAACCACCUUUUGAAAUUAAAUUUUCUUAAUUAUGAUAGUUUGACUGUGUACAUCUGCAUUAAUAUAGGAUUAAAACAAUCUAAGGUUUCAAAAACCAAAGGAAAGAACAAAUGCUGUUUCUCAUCAUACAUGUAUGAACUUUAUACCACAAUAGAUGAUAUUGAAUGGUCUGGCAGCAGAUAUAACUUUACUUGCAGCGCAAUUUCAAAGUAAAGCAUCGAGUAAAUGAAUGGGCAAAGGGUUGACACUUUGUGUAUAUUUGUGCAAGCGAUGAUGCAUACAUAAAUAUAGAUUUCAUUAUAGAACAUGAAAAGAAAACACAAGUUGACUUUAAAAAGUAAGGAUUUUUGUGUAAAUUUUUCAGCAUUACUAUUGUAAAGUUAUCAAAUUAAGUUACUCAUCAGUUGACUUAAAAUAUUGCUCAUGUAUAUUGAAAUAUUAUUGAUGAAUAUAAAAACUUUGUUUCUAGCAAAUCUGAAUAGACAACAAGCAAGUUGUUGAAUGAUGAAUAAAGUAAAACAAGAUAUAAAUAAAGUAUAAGAUGGAGACUGAAA